AUGCUCGCCAAUCGACGCGACACUCCAAAGAGAGUGGCCGCUUACUUGAAGCGUGGGUUUGGUCCCUACUACCUGGCCGACGACAAAAUCACUUUGGAGGCCUUCCGUCGCUUGCAUGAAGAAGUCAAAGAGCACUACAUCUUCGAAAAGAAGCUCAUGAACCUGUCUGUCUUUGGAUGGGGCGAGCCCUUUGACAUGGAUGCUGUAACCACCGCGAUGGCAAGUGACAAUACAAGCUAUGCAAGUUGGAAUGUGCCGCGAAUGGUGCAUCUGACCAGCGCCGGCAUCCGGAGCUUUUUCACCAAGCUCAGCGAGCAGACCGAUAAUCCCCGAUUUCAGGUGGAGUUUGUCGACAACGUCACGGGCUUGCCAGCAGCUCAGAGCAAGCUCGACAAAGUGCAGCAGGAGCAAUGGAUUGCUUGGGGCAUGCUCUAG